AUGCUGUUCAAACCCAACAACUCCCACGUCAAGACGCUAUUUUCUCUCGCUAACCGCGUGUCUUUGAUCACCGGUGGGUCCCGGGGAAUUGGCCUUGCUGCUGCCAUUGGGCUUGCAGAGGCAGGGUCCUCUGUGGCCAUCACCUACAACUCCUCGAAUUCGAAACAUAUGGAGGAGGUUGCAAAAACUUUCAGCGACCUGGGCGUCUCCUACAAGGCGUACCAGUGCAAUGUUUCAUCGAAACAGGCCAAUGAGGACCUGAUUGAGGCCGUCGUCAAGGACUUUGGAAGACUCGACAUUGUGGUCCCGAACGCCGGUAUUUGCGAGGAGUACCCUGCUGAGGACUACCCAGAGGACGCGUAUCGGAAGAUGAUGGCGGUUAAUCUGGACGGGGCGUAUUUCACGGCCCAGGCUGCCGCCAAUUCGUUUAAGAAACAGGUUGCCGCAGGCAUCUUGGACCAAGGCAGAAUUGUCUUUACCGCGUCUGUGUCGGCUAGCGUCGUCAACUUCCCGCAGAAACAGGCUCCGUACAACGCCAGUAAGGCCGGGUUGGUUAAACUGGCACAGUGUUUGGCGGUUGAGUGGGUCGAUUUCGCCAGGGUCAACUGUGUUUCUCCCGGCUACAUCGAGACAGACAUUCUAGACCAGCACCCUGAGGAGUACCGCCGGUUCUGGAUGAGCCAGAUCCCUGGUAAGCGGGUCAGUGCUCCGUACGAGCUGAAGGGCAUCUAUGUGUUCUUGUCCAGCGAUGCCUCGUCAUACAUGACAGGAGCAGACAUCACCGUUGGGGGAUCCUACACUCUGAUCUGA